AUGUCAGAAUCAAAUGAAGAAAUGAACCAGGAUCAAAAAAAAGAUGUUUUCUUUGAAACAUCACCUGCAAUUGGAAGUAAAGAUGGGAUAGCGACAUUAGAAUCAAAUAAAAGGAACCUUGAAGAAGAUAGCCUUGAAAAUAAUAAAAAUAAAUUAUCAAAAAUAAAUUCGCACAAUAAUAGUCAUACUACAGAAAUAACGGAUUCACAUUUUAUAGAUUUCAAGAUUCGUUUAUUACGUCAUAUCAAUCAGACAUUGCCCUAUGAAGAAACCAAAAUAUAUUCCUAUCUAACAGAAACAAGGCAAGAAGUAUCUAGAAUUUUAAAACAAUCAAUCAUCCAAAAGGAGAGCCAUUCGGCUAUUAUGGUGGGACCUAGAAACAGCUAUAAAUCGUCUUUAAUAAAUAAUGAAUUACGAUAUUUAUCGCAGGAUCAUUCGGAUCAAUUUAUCGUUGUUAGAUUGAAUGGGUUAAUACACUCUGAGCAAACAGCUAUUAAAAGUAUCGCAUUACAACUUGAAUUAGAACUGAAAAGAUUGAACCAGGACCAGACAACUUCCGCAGAUGAUAGUAUCGAUGUUAGUACUGGGUCAUUGACAGAGAUUUUUGAGAAGAUUUUGAAAUUGCUAGACGCAACCAAAACACAUGAAAAUAAGGAUGGCAGUGAAUCUGCGAAAGUUUCAGUUGUUUUUGUGUUCGAUGAAAUUGAUACAUUUGCAGGACCUGUUAGACAAACUCUACUUUACAAUUUAUUUGAUAUGGUUGAACAUUCUGUAGUGCCUGUAUGUAUCAUUGGAACAACAACCAAACUAAACAUAUCAGAAUUCUUGGAGAAAAGAGUUAGGAGUCGUUUCUCACAGAGGGUAAUAUAUGUUCCUGAACCUAAUGAUUUAGAUGAUUUUGUUAUUGCUUCAGGGGAAAGUUUAUCGCCUAUGAUUCCUCGAACCUCUGAUGAUGAAGUUGUAUAUCUUAAGAAAUGGAAUGAUAAAAUAGACAUUCUCUUAAAAGAUGAGUCAUCUCCGUUAUUCUUGGAAGUACAUAGAAAUUAUGAAACAUUCAAAUCUCAAACGGUUUUUAGAAAUAGUCUUCUCCCAUUAGUAAGUGGAUGUUCAAAUUUUGAAGAAUUACAAGAUGCAAUUACAACUUGUAAAGCAAUAACUAAUUAUUCAAUAAAUCAAUACCAAAAUGAUAGUACAGCAAUAGUGCAAACUUUAUCUGAUUUGGAAUUGGUCAUAUUAAUUGCGGCUGCAAGAACCAUUCUGAAGAGUAGGGAUGAAAGUACAAACUUCAAUAUAACUUAUGUUGAAUAUUCAAACAUAAUUAAAUCAUUAAAUGCCAGAAUUCCUUCAACCAAUAAUUUAAAUUCCACAACAGAUAAAAUCCUAGAUAAUUUAAUAAAGUUGUGGAGUAAAGAAGAUGUGAAAAAUGUUUGGGAAACGUUACAAGAAUUCAAAUUCCUCACUGAGAAAGGUGCAAUGGGUUUAAGAGAGUCAUCUCUUGCUGUGUUUUACGCAAGUAAUUAUCUGAUCCAAACGACUACAAUACCCUUUGACCUUAGAACAUAUAAUAUGCAGAUCACCCUUCAUGAUCUAAGGGGUGUAGUAUCAAAAUCAUCUAUGUUUUAUCCUUGGACGCAAUUAUAG